GGAGAACUUUGGUCUGUUCUGACAUUAGGCUGUAGCACAUUUUAAACAGCAUUGCUUUUUCAACAUGGCUUAUGAGUGUAUUGUUAUAGGAGCGGGGAUUCAGGGCUCGUUUACCGCCUACCACCUCGCCAAAAAUAACAAGAAAACUCUCCUGCUGGAGCAAUUUGUCCUGCCACACUCCCGUGGAAGUUCCCAUGGACAGACACGCAUCAUCCGGAAAGCUUAUGAACAUGAUUUCUAUAUUAACAUGAUGCAGGAGAGCUAUAAGCUGUGGGCCCAGCUGGAAAAGGAAGCAGGAGUGAAGCUGUACAGGCAUACUGGCCUGCUUCUGAUGGGUCCAGAGAAUGGAAAGGACUUUCAGCUCAUUAAGAGCUCAAUGCAGAGGAACAAGAUUCCCACUGAGGUGCUGGAGAGACACGAGUUCAGCCAACACAUCCCCAAUGUGAACCUGACGAGCGGAGAUGGUGCGAUUGUGGAAACCACUGCUGGAGUUCUGUAUGCAGACCGUGCACUCAGAGCAGCCCAGGCAGUGUUCCAGUCACAUGGUGGCAUGAUAAAAGAUGGAGAGAAAGUGAUUAAUAUUGAGCCUGGAGAUUUAAUCACAGUGACAACAGACUCUGGCACAUACCAAGCGAGGAAUCUGGUGAUCACCGCUGGUCCGUGGGCCAAAACACUUCUGUCCCACACUGGACUACAGCUUCCACUGCAGGUGCUAAGGAUAAAUGUGUGUUACUGGAAGGAGAAGAUUCCAGGCUCCUACAGUAUCAAUAAUCGCUUUCCCUGCUUCAUCCAGAUGCAGCCAAAGGAGGCCGAGCAUGAUAUAUACGGCCUCCCUUCCAAUGAGUAUCCAGGACUCAUGAAGGUUUGCUACCACAUGGGCAGCGAAACGGAGCCGGAUGAGCGAGACAGACAGACAGAUAGACGGGAGGUCGAUGCUUUGUCCAGCUACAUCAGCCGUUGUUUUCCUGGCCUUGUGCCUGUGCCUGCUGUUGUGGAGAGCUGUAUGUACACUAUCACACCUGACAGACAUUUUGUCCUGGACCGCCACCCAAGCUACAGCAACAUUGUGAUUGGAGCUGGGUUCUCAGGCCACGGAUUCAAGUUCGGUCCGGUCGUAGGGAAGGUACUGUGUGAGAUGAGCAUGGGCCAGAAUCCUUCCUAUGACCUUUCACCGUUCAGCAUCCAUCGCUUCCAUGGCAAUCCCAAAUAAGCUCCAUGAGACCAGGGUCUAUAGCAGAGUAUCUGUGAAGACAUUUCUAGUAAUACAUGACAAAAUGUUGAUGUGUCAAAAAUUAUCUUAAUACGCAUGAUUUUUAACGGUGCCUUUGUUUAGCUUAAGUGGACAGGGUUGGUAAAUCAUUAAUGCCUAAAAUGCAAGUCCUUUGAAUGAAAAUUCUUGUAUCUUUAGAUAAUUUCUAUGAAAUAUACUCUGCUCUAAUUCGCUAUACAGAAGACCACUAUACUGUAAACUUUUACACAAUCAUAGUGUUCUUCCAUGAAAUCACUGAUAUGAUCUUCCUGCUUCAGUGGGACCUGCUUCUACCGCUUGAUUCAAGACAUAGAAGCCAUUACUAUUUGUGAUGAGAUGCAUAACACCAAUGUUUUUACCUUCAUUCAACUUAAAGCACAUAUUUGUUUUAUGCAUUAUUUGCUUCUCUAUGCCAAAGUGAGGUUCCCCACUGCAUACAAAGUAAAUUGUUUGUUUAAAAAAAGACAUCAGCCACUGAACAAUUUGCCUCAAAGGAACUAGGCAGCAUGUUGUUGUGCCGCCUGUAACUAUUUCGCCCUGUAAACAUGUUAAUCACUAAUCAGGUGGCCUGUUACUAUAACCGUUCACCACCAUCAGCAGGAAUGAGGAAAUUAUACGGCGUGACAGCAGGGGAGCCGGCGCCCAUUCAUCCUUGGGGCUAAGAGCAUAUUGAUUUUGUUAGAUUAUUAAUGGCUGCAUUAAAUUGCCAUCAAGCACGCAUGGCCAAAUAUUUACCUCAGCA